AUGCGAUUAGACGUCAAGAGGCAGCUCUUUGCCCGCUCUGAGCGGGUCAAGGGAAUCGACUUCCACCCGACAGAACCAUGGAUCUUGACCACUCUCUACAGCGGUAAGUGCACGAAAAGGAAAAAUUCCUCUUCGGCCGCAGGACGAGACGAGCUAAACAUGCACAACAGGUCACGUCUACAUCUGGUCGUACGAAACACAGGUAAGCCUCCUCUACGCUGCCCAACCGACAAAGCGGAGACUUAUUUUCAUCAGUCCAUCAUCAAAACCUUCGAACUCACCGACGUUCCUGUCCGAGCUGGUCGAUUCAUUGCACGGAAGAAUUGGAUUGUCUGUGGUUCCGAUGAUUUCCAGCUCCGCGUCUACAAUUACAACACAUCCGAGAAGAUUACAUCCUUCGAAGCGCAUCCUGACUACAUUCGAUCGAUUGCUGUUCACCCGACACAACCGUAUGUGCUCACUGCAAGUGAUGAUAUGACCAUUCGUUUGUGGGAUUGGGAGAAGGGCUGGAAAUGUGUUCAAGUCUUCGAGGGUCAUGGUCACUACGUGAUGGGUAUGGCUAUUAACCCCAAGGAUACGAACACCUUCGCAACCGCUUGUUUGGAUCGGACUGUGAAGAUCUGGAAUCUCGGUUCCCCUCACGCAAACUUCACAUUGGAGGCACAUGAAACGAAAGGAGUGAACCACGUUGAUUACUACCCUGGCUCAGACAAGCCGUAUCUUCUGACCACCUCAGAUGAUAAGACAGUCAAGAUCUGGGAUUACACAACAAAGGCGCUUAUCGCAACUUUGGAAGGACACACAAGCAAUGUCUCUUUUGCUUGCUAUCACCCGGAGCUUCCCGUGAUCAUCUCCGGUUCAGAAGAUGGGACAGUCAAAAUUUGGCACGCCAACACAUAUCGUCUUGAGCAGUCACUGAGCUACGGGCUGGAGCGAGCAUGGUGUGUGUCUUACCAGCCGGGCCGACAGGGGAUCGCAAUGGGCUUCGAUGAUGGUGCUGUCGUUGUCAAGAUGGGACGGGAAGAACCUGCUGUCUCCAUGGACGGAUCAGGAAAGGUCAUCUAUGCCAGGCAUAGUGAAGUUGUGUCAACCGUCAUCAAAGGAGAUGUCAGCUUGAAGGACGGUGAGACGGUUAUGCUCCCAACGAAGGAUCUAGGGCAAUGCGAGAUCUACCCCCAAACGCUUUCCCACAAUCCCAAUGGUCGCUUCGUGUCAGUCUGCGGAGACGGUGAAUACAUCAUCUACACUGCUCUUGCCUGGCGUAACAAGGCUUUCGGUUCUGCUCUCGACUUUGCCUGGGGGUCCAAGGACAACAGUAACGAUUACGCUAUCCGCGAGUCAGCUACGAGUGUGAAGGUUUUCAAGAACUUCAAGGAACAACCAGGUGGUCUUGACGUGGGAUUCCAAGCUGAGGGUCUCAGUGACGGUGUUUUGCUUGGGGUCAAGGGGCAAGGGGGUAUUGGUCUUUUCGACUGGGAGACCGGAAGCUUGGUCCGCCGAAUUGAAGCUGAUCCCAAAUCUGUCCACUGGUCCGAGUCCGGCGAAUUGGUCACUCUCGCUUGUGAGGAUGCCUUCUACGUCCUUCGCUACUCUCGUGAAGCCUACAUUGAAGGUGUGAACAAUGGCGAGGCCGACGAAGACGGUGUGGAGGCUGCCAUGGAGCUCGUAGCUACCAUCAGUGAGACAGUCCGUACUGGCGAGUGGGUUGGUGACUGCUUCAUCUACACCAACUCCGCAAACCGCCUCAACUACCUCGUUGGAGACCAAACCUACACGAUCUCCCACUUUGAUCAGCCCAUGUACGUUCUGGGCUAUCUGCCUCGUGAUGGUCGGAUUUACCUGGCCGAUAAGGACGUUAAUGUCGUCUCUUUCGCUCUUUCCCUCGCGGUCCUUCAAUAUGAGACACUCAUCCUUCGAGGCGAGUCAGAGGCCGCGGAAGAGGUGCUUCGAGAUGUCCCCGAGGAUCAAAUGAACAAGAUUGCGCGCUUCCUGGAGGGACAAGGAUACAAGGAGCAAGCUCUUCAAGUCGCGACAGAUCCCGAGCACCGAUUCGACUUGGCCCUCUCUUUGAAUGAUCUGCAGACUGCUCUGGAAAUCGCUCGUGCUGCUAACGUCGAGCACAAGUGGAAGGCCGUUGGCGACGCUGCGAUGACCAGCUGGAAUCUGUCCUUAGCGCAGGAAUGCUUCUCUCAAGCCAAGGACGUUGGCUCGUUGCUGCUAUUGCUUACGGCUUCCAAUGACCGAACAGGUCUCCGUGCUCUUGCCGCCCAGGCUUCCGAGUCUGGUCUUCACAAUGUUGCGUUUUCCACGCUUUGGUCUUUGGGUGACGUCGAUGCUUGCAUUGAUCUCCUUGUGAAGACUGACCGCCUUGCCGAAGCUGUGCUUUUCGCACAGACCUACAAGCCCUCGCGCGCCCCCGCUCUUGUUGUGCAAUGGAAGACCUCCCUGGAGGGAAGUGGCAAGACCAAGGUUGCCCGCCUGAUCGGCGUUCCCCCCGGUGCUCCUGACAUCAUCUCAACUGACGAUGACCUCUUCCCUGAGUGGGACGAGUUUAUUCGCCUCGAGAAGGAGGGGGCCGUUCCCGAGCAACCUUCUUCCGAGUCCUUAAUCGACAUUACCGGUGAAGACGAGACGGAGAUCGCCGCGAACGGUGCUCCCAAGGAGGAAGAAGACGAAGAAACCGACCCCGAACCCAAAGCCGACGCCGACGCCAAGGUUGACAGUGAAGGCGAGGAUGAUGAGUAA